UUGACGAUUGGAAUUCGGAGCCGCGAAGGAGCCCGCCUCGACUGGAUAUCCAUCGACGGCCGUUUUUUAUUUUUGCUCUCAACUUUGGACGUGAGACGUUGUUUUUUUCAUCCGCCAUGAGUAGGUAGCGCUUAGACGGAGAAAGAGAAGAGCAAUGAGAAGAGGAAGAUGCCUGACGGGUCGCUCCAUCACCGCCAGUGCGCCAGUCAAGGGGUCGUCAGCAGCACCAUAACAAAGCCAUGCCGAGGUUCAGCGUCAAAUGGAUGCUCGCAGUCUUGUUGCUGCUGCUGGUCUUCGGCGCCUUCUUCUUCUGCGAGUAUCUCAUUUACUUCCCCACCAUCGUCCAGUGCGCCUGGCCCCGGAUAGAGCAUGCGCGCAGCGGGGAGGACUCGCCGCCGGUCCGCGCUAUGGUGCUGUCGGACACGCACCUCCUGGGAGCCGUGGGGGGGCACUGGUUCGACAAGCUGAGGAGGGAAUGGCAGAUGGAGAGAGCCUUCCAGACCGCCUUGUGGCUCCUCAGGCCCGAGGUGGUCUUCAUUCUGGGGGACAUCUUUGACGAGGGCAAGUGGAGCUCCCAGAAGCACUGGGAGGAUGACGUGCGUCGCUUCCACAGGAUAUUCAGACACUCCAGCGACACAGAGCUGGUUGUACUGGUUGGUAACCACGACAUCGGCUUCCAUUAUGAGAUGGACUGGUUCAAGCUGCAGCGCUUCGAGAAAGUCUUUAACGCCUCCUCCACUCGGAUUGUUACUAAGAAUGGAAUCAACUUCCUGCUGGUGAACAGCGUGGCCCUGCAUGGCGACGGCUGCCCCAUCUGCCAGGCGGUCGAGAAGGAGCUCAUUAAACUGUCCAAAGACCUCAACUGCUCUCUUCAGAGCUCACAGUCCGGUGGCACCGCGGCAGUGGAUGGCUGUGAGGGUGCGCAGGUGUAUCCCCCGACACCCCCCAUCAUGUUACAGCACUACCCACUGUACAGAGUGAGCGACGCAGGCUGCACAGGCACAGACGCAGCGCCGCCCGGAGAGCGACACCUUCUGUUCAGAGAGAAAUACGACGUGCUGUCCAAAGAAGCCUCCCAGAAGUUGCUGCAGUGGUUUAAGCCCCGCCUCAUCCUGAGUGGCCACACCCACAGCGGAUGUGAGGUUCUCCAUGACAACAAGUACCCAGAAAUCAGCGUGCCGUCCUUCAGCUGGAGGAACCGCAACAAUCCCAGCUUGAUCCUGGCGUCAGUGUCCCCGGGGAGUUACGCUCUGUCCAAGUGUUUCUUACCGGAGGAGAGUACGGUGAUCGGCGUGUAUUGCUCGGCCGGCGCCUGCUUGGUGCUGCUCGUCCUGGCUCACUGUUUGUGGAUGAAGGGCCUGCUGCAGUGCCUCAGCCUGUGUCUGCUGGGGAAGCACAAGUCGCUGUGAAACUACACUACCCAGCAGCCACCGCGGCCACGUUCGAACGUGCCAAGAAACUCCUGGUUUGUGUGAAAGACGCGAAUUUUAUAUUUUAGUCUCAAAUCGUGUUUUAAAGGACUUAAACGUUGUGACAUUUAUGACGUGCUCGUAGCCUGUGUCGCACAAACUGAUUUUAAUGACUUUGUCUUAUCUUCCGCUAUAGCCCUCAAAAGGCGGUGCUUGUUAUAAUGGUUCAGGUCAAAAAAAAAAAGUCGGGAGUUCCCGGUGAACGAAACGAGCCACCACACUUCCCAGCGCUUUGCCUUGUUUUUGGCAUCCUGAGACGAACUUUAUUAUUAUGAUGGAUGUGAAUCAUUAUCGUUGUUGAGCCUUGUGUGUCCACUGUCAACAUGAUCACAUUUUGUUAAGAGAUUCCUCUUUUAUGACACACAUCUGAGGUAGCUCACUUCAUGUGCCAAAUGUUUGUGCAAUAUUUUUUGGGGGCCAAAUUGUUGACAUUGAACUGUGCAUAUUAAAUCACCAUCUUUACAAUUGUUGACAUUGAACUGUGCAUAUUAAAUCACCAUCUUUACACAGA